CGGCCUACAACCGGAAGUUCUCUCCCGGAAGUUUUUGCGGCUUACUUCUGGUUCGGGCCGCACGUCCGGCGGAAGCGACGUGGCGGUGACGUCAGCGCGGCCGGUGCUCCCGGUGGCGGCUCCGGAGCCCGCGGCCCCGAUGAGCCCCGAUGCAGGCGCGCCGCCGGCUCGGGCCUAGGCAGCGGGAACCGGCCCAGGCCUCCCCCCCGGGGCCCCCCCGAGCUCCGGUCCUGCCGCCGCCACCGGAGCCGCCCCCGGCCGCUGACGUCAUGUCGUGUCGCGACAGGACCCAGGAGUUCCUGUUCGCCUGCAAAUCGCUGCAGGGACGGCAGGUCGGGGGGCUCCAGGUGGGCAGAGCAGCCCCCGGGCCGGGGCGGCAGCGCAGCGAGUUCAGCCUGAUGGCAAAGCGCAUUGGGAAGGAUCUCAGCAACACCUUCGCCAAACUGGAGAAGCUGACGCUGCUGGCCAAGCGCAAAUCCCUGUUUGAUGACAAAUCGGUGGAGAUCGAGGAGCUGACCUACAUCAUCCGCCAGGACAUCGGCAGCCUGAACUCUCAGAUCGCGCAGCUCCAGGAGCUGCUGCGGGCGCGGGGCGGCCCCGGCGGGCGGCACCUCCAGAGCCACUCCAACAGCGUGGUGGUGGCGCUGCAGUCCAAGCUGGCCUCGAUGUCCAACGACUUCAAAUCCGUGCUGGAGGUGCGGACGGAGAACCUGAAGCAGCAGCGCAGCCGUCGGGAGCAUUUCUCGCGCGCCCCGGUCUCGGCCCUGGCUGCCAACAACCUCAGCAGCCCGGCCGUGCUGGAGGCCGAGGCGCCCUCGGGGGCCGUGGCCAUUGAGAUGGACGCCAGGAGCAGCCAACAGCUGCAGCUGCUGGACGAGCAGGACGCGUACAUCCAGAGCCGCGCCGACGCCAUGCUCAGCAUCGAGUCCACCAUCGUGGAGCUCGGCUCCAUCUUCCAGCAGCUGGCGCACAUGGUCAAGGAGCAGGAGGAGACCAUCCAGAGGUACCCAAAAUACCCAAAAUAA